AUGAAGAUCAUUUUGUUGGUUUUCUUGAUUGGAGCUACAUUGGCUAGAGACGAAGGCUUUUUUGCUUAAUUAAGGAAUAGUGAUUUUGGAAAGACUAUCAUUUAAACCCUUUAAGUGUAAUUAUCUCAAGAGCAUCCAGCUGACACAGUUGUUCAUCUCUUGAAAUAAAUGAAGGAUGAUCUAAACAAUGAAUAAAGAGUAGAGGAUGAGGAAAUAACUGGACAAUUGAAAACAUGUUAAGAUGCUUCAAGUGCUGCAGCUGCUGUAUUAACUAUUGCCAAGGAACGUAAGGCUACAUCAGAGGAAAGACUACCUUUACUACAAUAGGAAUAAAAUGAUAAGAAACAAUAGCUAUUUGAUAAAUAAGGAGAGGAGUAGAGAAACUUGGAUAGAAUUUCAGUAUUAUAAGAAGCUAGAAAUGUUUAAAGAGUAAUUAAUUAUAAAAUAAUAUUAGCAAGAAUUUGAAUAAAGAAGAGAUGAGUUGGUAGGAUUAGUCUCAGCCCUUUAAGAGGCAAAGAAAAUCUUAUCUUAAGGAAUUGGUGCUUUGAAAAAGAAUAGUUUUGCUGAACUUAAGAAUCAUCAUCAAAACUUCUUAAAAUAUUUCCCAAAUAAGAAAGGUUUCCACAGUAUGGUUAAUGUGCUUUUGACUGUUUUGUAAGAAGAAAGUACACAAGAGAAUGCUGCUUAAAAGGUUGUGAAGAUCAUAGAUACUCUUGUUGACAGCAUCUUUUAGGUUCAAAAAGAGGAAAUGAAAGCAGAUGAUGCAAGAGAAUUAGACUUUUUAACAUAGAAAGAGAGGUUACUUUUGGCUAAUAGGAGGUUGUCUGGCAGUGUGGCUGAUUUAAAUGCAGCUAAUGAGAGAAUUGGAUAAAAAAUAUUAGAAAUCAAGAAUGACAUCUCAAUUCAAGAUUCUGUAAUUAUUAUUUUUAAUUUAAGAUUAUUUUCAAUAAAUCUACUGAAUAGGCCGAUUGGGAUUAGACUUGCAGUGAUACUGAUAAGGCACACAGACAACAAACUGAAUAAAGGUAAUUUAAUUAAAUAUAAAAGAAAUGCUUAAUUAGAAAUUAUUGUAGAAUGCAUUGAUAUCUUUGAGACCAGAUUCGAUAUGGAAACAAAAAGCUACAUACAACGCCUCAGAUUCUGAAUCAAAUAUAAUUGACACAAUAUAAAAGCAAUAAAAACG